CACACCCUCAUUUGCAGAGGGCACACCGAUACACAUAUACCCUCUCACAGUCUCACAGACACACUCACAGCUGUUGAUACUUCUCUCUCCGCUGAGUGCCGAGGAGCAGAGCCCGCAGGAAUUUGGGGGAACCUGCUGUCUGCUGGCAAACAUCAUCUAUGUGGACAAUCUGAGAGGAGGACUGAAUGAUUUUAUAAUCGGUGCCUGGCUUUUACUUUCUGGCGUUCACAUCCCGCUCUUUAUCCCUCUCGUCUCUCCCUGGCUUUUACUUUCUGGCGUUCACAUCCCGCUCUUUAUCCCUCUCGUCUCUCCCUGGCUUUUCUGGGACACAGUGUUGGAAUUUAAGCGCAGACAGCGAGCAGCAGAGACAAACAGAGACAUGUGUUUUGCCCCAGCCGCCUCCUACUACUGCCCGUUCUCCCCUAUUCACUGACAAAGCAGGAAAUACAAGGUGAGCGUCAGAGCGGCGGGCACAGAGAGAUAGAGUAAGGUGACGCAGGCAUGAGUGUGGAAAACCAUCAGGGGGUGGUGACCACCCCACCCCCGCCCAGUGGAGGGACUAAGGAGCGCUACUUUGACCGGGUCGACGUCAACGAUCCGGAGUACAUCAGGGCCAAGAACAUGUCACCUGACCUGCGGCAGGACUUCAAUGUUCUGGAGCAAAAGAAACGUGUCACACAGAUCUUACAGAGCCCCGCCUUCAAGGAGGAGUUGGAGGGUCUGAUCCAGGAGCAGCAGCGGAAAGGGAACAACCCCGCCGGCCUGCUGGCCCUCAGACAGAUCGCUGACUUCUUCAUGGCCAGCUCUGUGGCCGGCUUCAACGCCUCUCCUCUCAGUCUGGGGAUGGUCAUUCCUAUCAACGACAUGUACGGAGUUGAAUCCACCACGAUGGUGAAAGGUGAGAAGCUGGCGCGCUGCAAGCUGGCCAGCCUCUACAGACUGGUGGACCUGUUCAGCUGGGCGCACUUCUCCAACUCCUACAUCACAGCGCGAGUCAGUAAAGAGCAAGAUCACAUCGUCAUCAUGCCCAGAGGACUGUCCUUCGCUGAGGCGUCUGCAUCAAACCUGGUGAAGGUGAACAUCCUCGGGGAUGUGAUCGAACAAGGCACCACCAACCUGAGGAUCGACCCCUCAGGGUUCAGCCCCCACGCUGCCAUCUACUCCAUGCGCCCAGACAUCCGCUGCGUCAUUCAUGUGCACACUCCUGCCACGGCUGCUGUGUCCUCUAUGAAGUGUGGCAUCCUGCCGAUUUCCCAGGAGUCUUUGAUCCUGGGUGAUAUCGCCUACUAUAACUACCAGGGCAGCUUGGACGAACAGGAGGAGCGCAGAGAGCUGCAGAAGGCCCUGGGGCCAACAGCGAAGGUUUUGGUGCUGAGGAAUCACGGGGUGGUUGCUCUUGGUGAAACCGUUGAAGAGGCCUUUCACUACAUCUACAAUACCCAAUAUGCCUGUGAAAUCCAGGUAAAGGCCAUCUCGUGUGCUGGCGGCGUAGACAACCUGAUAGUGCUGGACCAACAGAAGUACAAAUCAUCGACGCACGACGUGACCACAGCAGAAAUCAACAUGUGUGGCCAGUACAAGUGGAAGUGUGGCGAGCUGGAGUUUGAGUCUCUGAUGAGGAUGCUGGAUAACCUGGGCUACAGGACGGGCCACGCCUACAGACACCCCAUCAUGCGAGAGAAGCCCAGGCACAAGAGCGAGGUGGAGAUCCCCGCCACGGUCACAGCGUUCAUGUUCGAGGAGGACGGGGACUGUGCCACGCGGCUGCCCUUUAAGUUCCAGCAGCAGCGGCAGCAGAGGGAGAAGACGCGCUGGCUCAACUCGCCCAACAGCUACACCAAGGUCAACGUGGAGGGGGGGGAGGAGCAGCGCUACAACAGCAGGACCACCACGUGGAUGAAGGCUGAAGAGACAGGAACCCCAAUCCGGAUCGAGGACCCCAAUCAGUUCGUCCCUCUCAACACAGAUCCCAGUGAGGUGCAGCAGAAGAGGAACAAAAUCAGAGAGCAGAACCGGUUUGAUAUGAUGACGUCCGGGCCGCGCUCUCAGCACCUUGCAGGAAUCCCCAUUGAUGAACCGCGACGGCCAUACGUGCCCACAGAGGAGGAGCAGAUGGCUCCCCUGCCUCCAAACCCCUUCAGUGAGCUGUCGGAGAAGAACGUGGAGAGGAGGCAGCUCGGCCCCAGUGAUGGAGAGCACGAGCUAACCUCCGACGACGGCUCCUCUCUCUCUCAGUCUCUCUCUCUCCCCCAGUCUCCGCAAAGCACUCCAGCUAAAGAAGACAACCACACGGGCCUUAUGAACGGCAAAGAGGACCACGGCGACGUGGACACAGAUCUGUGCAAGCGCGUGAGCCAGCUAACCACCAGCGUGGAGAGCGUGGAGAUCACUGUGCGCUCGAGCGAGAAGAUCAAAGAGGCGCUGUCCCCUGAGAGCUCGCCCUCCAAGUCGCCCAACACCAAGAAGAAGAAGAAGUUCCGCACCCCGUCCUUCCUGAAGAUGAACAAAAAGAAAGAGAAGACGGAGGCCUGAGAGCAGACAGAGCGCCGUCUGAAGAAGAAGAAGAAAGAGGGGCGGCGGCCGUUCUGUUAACGUCUGUGGUUUUACUUUGUCUCCGUUUUCAAUGUCCUCUUAUGUUUUUUAUUUUAUUUUAUUUUUUUAACAAAUGCUUUUAUGUGCAAAAGGCAGUAGAACGGAUUACAUAAAAAAGGAAUUGGUUUGCAACAGAAAAAUCUCCUUCUGCAAAAAAGACAAUAAUGUUUGUGAAAGUUUGUGAUGAGCAUGCGGUGCCACAGAUUGAAGCUGCAGCAGGUUGGGGGUCUAUAACCUCUUCACCUAGGCAGCACCCUAACAGUCCUCUUCAGAGGCCUUCGGGGGUCAUUUGAGGAGAUUUAAAUCCUGAAUAACUGGCUCCUCUUGUGGCGUUUCCCAGGCCGAAAAUAUAACUUGAAACCACCUCGAGUAUUGCUUGCUACAAAAUAAAUUGUGUUGUAAAACUGCACAAGUUGAAACUAGACCUUCUUUUAAGACUCCUCCGGUCUUUUCAUGUUUUGUUUUCUGGUCACCUGACUCUGAAUAGGGAACUGAGAGGCUGCAUGAAAUUUUAAGUCACACUGGAAAUCUGGUCUCAGAAAAAACAGCCACAGGGUUUGAGUUGAUUUAUUUACUGAGGUUUUCUCACCGCUCUCUCCGAGCUUCUGUAACUUCUCUUCAGCUGAUUGUGGUCGAACAAGAAGACGACUUUAAGAGUGGAUAGUGAGGACGAAGGCUGGCAGUUUAGCACAACUACUUUGACACAAUCUCAGAAUAUUUAUGUAGCAUUUUCAUAUCUUCUCCUCUUCAUCUCAAUGUUUUUUUUAUUUGGGGAGGGGGGUUGCCAAACUAAAUGGAAGAAAAGAAAAACAAUCUAACUUUAGUAAAGCGUCACUGUUUUUCAUCUCAUGAAAUGUUAUCUUUUUUUAUCAAACACAAAUUUGGUAUUAGUCAACUCUGUUUUGUACUCAUUUGUAAGUUUUACAGAGAAUUACAGAUGUUACGCAUGUUUUCUCUUUUUUGCAAGAACUGAAUUUAUACGGCUGACUAUGUCCUGAAGUAAUGCCUGAUUGCUCAAAUGUUAUUCUAAUAGUACAGAGUACACAAAUGUACUAUAUAACACAGAUAUAUGAAAACUGGAUAUGUUGGCUAUAGAUUUUUAACGAUAUAUUUUUUAUUUUAUUGUGCUGCACUUUUCUCGUGGUAUAUAACACAUUUAGUGGCAGGUGGUUUCACCAGUGAAGGAAAUUGUGAAGUUUCUGAUAAAAGAUAUGCAAGUAGCAAGCGAGGCACGGUGCCAGAGAGAGGUCAGGACCCAGCAAGUGAGUCAAAUGGAGAAAGAAUUAUCUUUCAUUAGUGUCACAUGUGAGGAAUGAUCUCUACUUCUCAACAAAACAGGAAGUGUAGUGCGGAAACUACCGUUAGUCGCCAGCUCAAAUGAGUCAUUGGGGGUCGUGGAGUUCGAAGAGGUGACAUCUUUUAGUUUGGUGUGUUUGUGUUUUUUUUAAGCCAUAUUGUAAUAACUUUUUCCACCAUUGUUUUUAAUAAUGAGACAAGGGUUGCGUUUCUCGUCUGCCUGCAUGGGCGUCAAGGAGCCGAACAAAACCUCCCUAAAAUCACCCCAGUGACUGCAUCGACACCCCUCAGGCUCCCCAAAAACUUUUUUCUGUAGCUGCAUUUAUAGCAGCUACGUUUCCUCUCUUAAUUCUCCGUUUAUUUCCCUCCUGCAACUGGAACAUUUUGGAGGUCAUGUGGACAUUAUAUUUGUAUUGCUUGCUCUGCGAGCCCGCUUGUCAUUUCAGCGUCUAAAGCCUCCCCUCAUGUAAUUUCUCUUGUAAACACGUUGGUGUGGUAACUGUCAGUUGACCCACAGUUGAACUCUGCAAAGCCAAAGUGUGAUGGGUUGCCACAUAUUCUCCCCCCCCCCCCCCCCCCGCAGUUUAACCAGAUGUACCAAUAUCCCAGCUAGCAAUGUGAAGUAUUGGAUUUGGGGGCAGGGUUUAGGGACACAUCUUUAGCUGUGUUAAAUGAUAGCUUUUGGCUCUGGGUAAAGAGCUGAGGUCACACAACUGAGAGAUAGAGAAAGGAGGUGUGAGUUUGGAAAUGGAAGUGCUUAUGUGUGUGUAGUAGCCUAUAUAGGAAAAACCUGACACUAACGCACCAUGUUUUUAUCACUCAAAAUGUCUUCUUUUCUCAAACCAUCUCUCCUUCUGGAAACUAUUGUUUUCAUCCUCCAUUUGUAUCGCACUGCGCUUUUUUUCUUCUUUUAGUUUGCAGAUAGCACUAGGCUUUUUUAUUAACCAUUUUACGAGCAUAAAUUGCUCCCAGAUGAACUGAAUGUGCAUUGCAUCCCUUUAUUUUUCACCUCCUCUGUUUCCGACUGUUUGCACCUUGCUUUACUAAUGCCUCUAUCCAUCUUUUUUCUGUUUAAAAAAAACAACCUUUGCUUUGGCAUGCCAGAAUGAGCCAAGCUAUUUUGUGACCUGUGAAAAUCCUAUAUAAAUGGUUAUCUAAUGGAGUUGCUCUUAGAUGUAUUGCUAAUCAGUGUAAAUUCACAAAUAAAACUGUAUUUUAAGAAACGGACGCUCAUUAUUCAUGUUUGUUCACCACAAUUUGCCUCAUGCCUCAAGUAUUCUUUUUAAGUUCAACAUAAUCCAUACACACAUGUUCCUUUAUGCCAUUAUAAUGAAGUGAGCAGGUAUAUGAAGUGUAAACAGUUUUAAAAGCCGCAUGCUGAAGUAUUCAUGAUAUAUUACAGUAUUUUAGAGCAGCUUCACAUAGAAUGAUCUUUCCUGAAAUACUGUUCUUGAGUGUUAAAUGAGCAGGAAAACUGGUGCCUUUUUCCCUCUAUUCAUGAGAAUGAGUAUAUAUUUUUUGUGUGAAUAGUUUAAUCAGUAAAUCAUGGCAAUACAAGUGAAAUGUUACAAUGAUCAUAACAUAUGCAUAGGAAAUGCAGAAGCACUUGAGCAGAGAUGCAGAGUGAGCACAAUGACACUUGACACAUUUAGAUAUGGAUUGCUUUGAAAACAACGAGGGCAGUAAAAGAGAAGGUAUUUUCUCAAAUAAAUUCACUCCAGAAUGGUACCAAUCAAUAUGAAAUAUAUGUUGUUAUUGACAGAAAUACUGUAUUUUAUUUUGUAUCCCUGUAAAUUGGUGUAUACUUUAGUAUUUGUUAAGCAGUGGUGUCCGUGCAGGAGGACCUCCACAAUGUUUACUGGUGUAGGAAAAAGAAACGUAUUACCACUACUCCAAUUUAGUUGUAUUUUUUUAAACUUCUCUAAUCCCUGGUUAGUUUUUACCUAUAGGCCUAUAAGAAAAUAUUUGAAAUCAAACAUUAACUAGUGCCUACUUUAUUACCCACAAUACAACUCUACCCCAGGGAGUUUAGUCCGUUGUCCUGUUAUGCUAGCAGAAGCUAAUGUCGUAAACUCACUUUUUUCUAACAUUAUUUCCAAAUUUGUACUUGUGCCCUUUCUAGGUUUCACCCCUUUUCGUUCUGUGCUCCAAUAACAGUAGAGCAAGCUUGGUCACAGCAGAAACAACUUUCCCAUUUCCUUUUAAACUGAUAUGCUACGUAUGUUAGCUAAGAUUACUAUGUAACCUCCAGUACAUUGUUGUUGCAACCUUGACCUACAUAUUACAUUGUUUAUUGUCACAUCAAGCUUUUAACAUAACGUCAUUAAGUUAGCUAAUGUUAGCUAAACAUGAGCUAACUAGCUAGCCAACACUAAAUAAAGAGGACCUAAUAUCAGAUCACCAAUGACGGUUGCUGACAUAUUUUUAAGAUGAUGUGAAUCAUCGUUAGCCAGAAGAAUUCAAGGCUAACAUUACAUGUUACUCGUUAGACGCUUUUAUCCAAAGCGACUUACAUACAUUCAAUACUGUGGACAAUCCCCACAGGAGCAAUUUGGGGUGAAGUGUCUUGCCCAGGGACACAACGACAAGCUGACUGCAGUGGGGUUUGAACCUGUGCCCCUCUGAUCCGAACACCAGCGUAGCCUACUAUUCCACUGCGCCACAGCCACCCCAACAUUACUUUGUUUAUAUUAUCUCUGUAAGUCUACGUUCAGCACAGAAGUAACUUUUUUGGUGGUAAUUCUUUUUGAUAUACACAAAGUCCAACCUCCUGACAAAAGUUGCCUUAGUGAAGGUUACCACCCUGAAUAUUUCCCUCAAAUGCAUACUGUACACACCUUGCGUUUGCUUCUUAGUGUUUCCUUUUUCAAGCUUGUCCUACUGUACAUUGCAACUGUAACUAAGGGGGGCGGGACUUAGGAUUGGAUGCCUACUGAAGUAACAUCACUUGAGAACAUUUAUCGGAUCUUUCAUAUCUCCCUUUUAGUGCAACAAAGACUUUAUUCAACUUUUUCCACACACAAAGUAGCAAUCCCCAAAGACCUUUAAACAGACGUUGAUGUUUAAAAUCAGUGGAGUUCCCCAGAUUUAAGGUUCAAGUAAAGGUUGCGAGCCACCAACAAUGGCUAUGCUGUUCUAGUUGUUUUCUAGGUGUAGGUGUGACUUUUUGUUUGGCGUUCCUUAAUGUGUCCACAGAUGCUCUCUUUACUGCCAAAGAGUCUGCUCUUAACAUCCAACUGCACUCUUUCCAGCCACAACGGGGACGUCCGUCUCCUGUUGGUAGAAACCUGUCCCAUCUGUGAUGCACAGCGAGCAUGGACUUUCCACUAGUUCCAGGAAACUUGGGACGUGUGUGUAUAUUAGCAGCCAAUGUGCCUUGACUGCCUUUAUAUCCUCAGAUGCUAAACUAAAUAUGCAAAAUUAAUUUCAUGAUAUUAUGUGCGAACGUCCCUGUGAGAUGUCUUUCUCUGAUCUUUCCUUAUCUGCUAAUUGACCAUGAAAUCGUUUUUACUCCUAACCCCAAACAUGUCCCUUCCCUUACGUGUAGCGUCCUCAAAUAAUCUUCCCACCAAAAUGUUUAUCCUUUUGAUGCUAUGUUGCUGCAAUUAUUGAUGUUUGAGAUGUCCAUCACUUCUUACGAUGUCUCUUCUUUGAAGGGGUUAGAAAUGUAAGUAACGAUACUUUCUCACCUUAGCCAAUUUUAGCUUGUACUCUCCUAGGGAAAAUAAAACAGCUCAGCGUCUACAACUAUCAUCAAAAAUCAUACCUUUUAGGACACUUACACACGAUAUAUUAAAGUUUACACUCUGAGAAAUGCCUGAGGUUUAUUUUAUCGCAAUAUAAUGUAUUUUAGGGAAAGGAAACUUUAACACAAAUGUUAACAAUUAUUGGAUUCACUAAGGCACUAUAAGAGACACAUCAGUGUGUUGGGGAAAGGAGAAUAUGUCCUGGAUGUUUCUGUUUCUCAUUUCUGUUUUACAUGUUGCUACUGUAGGUGUAUCUUCCAUAUAAAGUAUUUACAACACUGUUAUCCGGCCCUGGCGUCAGUGAAUGUGAUAUCAUUAUACAGCACUUUAUUUGGCAACGUUCCUGAUAUGAACAAUAAAAGUGCAUGAGCAAUCUUGUGA